UAGAGAAAUGAAAUGUUUGUGUUUAAAUGAUGAAUUCAAUGUUUUCAUUUUAAUGAAUCAAUUGAAUGAAUUUUUGGUCUCGUCUAAUUGUAGAAAUUGUUGAGUGUUAAUUACAAUUAGCAAUUAUUAUUAUUGAUCAUUUUGAUGGGUCAUCAUUCUCAUCAUUCUCAUCUGCUUGGUCAAAUUAAUUAUGAUUUUGAAGAUGAUGCUAAUAAACUCAAAUGGAAUAAUCUAUUUGUUAAUAGUUUAAAGGAGAUUUUAUUCUCAGUUCAUCCUGAAUUGGAUGCUGCAGAUGAAGCUUUAUUCUUCAUCGAAUCAUUAAUAUUUAAGCUUCUACGACUGUUAAUCAGUAACAGUCCUCGGAAUGUGCAAGAGUUGGAAGAAAAUGUACUCAAAUUGUUUCCUUCUCCUAUCGAGAAAUGGGCCACUAUUAAAGCUCAAAAUGUUCUACAGGAAUGUUAUGAUGUGCAAUGUAAUCCAAAUUCAACGCCUUCAUCAUCAUCUACAACAAGUGGUGGUAAAAAGAAAAAAUUACUUCUGGUCAAUAUUCCCAAUAAUAACAAUAACAAUAUCAACAACAAUCGUGAUCCCUUAGGUAAUUGUCCCCUUAAAACUAAACACAGCAUUGAAAAGAUGCACGAUCUAUUAUCAAAGGAAGUCUUCCCUUAUCGGAUUGAGAUGCCAUUGACCAUUUAUCUUUGCAGUUUGGUUGAAUAUAUUGCAGCUGAUGUACUCAAAUUGGCUGGAAAUUAUGUUAAAAAUAUUCGUCAUAAUUUUAUUAAUGCACAAGAUGUUAAAAUUGCCAUUAACGCGGACAAAGUGCUUAUUGAUCUGCUUUAUGGUGAAGAAGAUGAUUAUGAAAGUAAAGAAAUGUCAAAUUUGGGUAUAAUAUGGGAAGAAAGUGCCGAAGAUGGUACAGAUGAUGAAGGUGUUUCAUAUGAUAUUGUGGCAAAAGAAUUGAUUCAUGAGGAGAAACAAUUCCUACGAGAUUUAAAUCUGAUAAUCAAAGUUUUCCGUGAACCAUUUAUCAAAUUAUUACAAAAUUCACCUUCAUCAUUGCCAAAUACACCAACCUCACCAACAAGUCAAGAGGAGAAACCAUUAAUUAACGAUAAAGAUAUUGAUGAUAUUUUCUCCAAUAUAAUUGAUAUUUACGAGUUUAGUGUUAACUUUCUUGGGCUUGUUGAAGAUGCCAUGGAAAUGAAUGGUGGUGAAAACUCUGAGACCAUUGGUAUUGGAAUGUGUUUCGAGGAGAUGGCAGAAAACGUUGAAUUUGAAGUAUUUGAAAGAUAUACACUUGAUAUGCUGCGACAAGAAGAUAAUUCAAUUGAACCGGUGCCCAAACUGCGAUUGGUUUCAUUAUUACGUCAACAGUCAAUAUUUAACGUUCUGGACACUGCUGGACACAAGUUUAUCCUUUCCGCCAAGUACAUUUUACCCAAAUUAUUAUUAUGUCCAGUUAUUCAUUGUCUUCACUAUUUUGAUUAUAUGAGACUAUUAAUGAGCUUGGCAACAACGGAAGCAGAUAAAGAAAGUUUCAAACAAACGGAGGGCUGCCUAACACCCUUACAAAAGCAGAUCAAUGAGGCAACACGUAAUCGUAAUUUAAAAAUAUACGAAGGUUAUUUACGUUUAAAUCGAAGUAAUCAGCGAACAAAAAACAAGCGUAACAUUUUAAAUAAGAAAAUAAUGGACCUGAAACGUUGUAUCGAAGGAUUUGAUUUAUCUAGUCUUGGUUGCAAUGAAUUUAUAAUCGAUGGUUAUCUUCAGAAAGUUCGUAAAAAUGAGCGUAAAACCCUUGGUCGACAUGAGAGUAAACUUUUCUGCAGUGAACGUUUCUGUUUCCUAUUUGAUUCCGUUUUAUUGGCCUGUAAACCGAUUGCCAAGGAGAAUCAAGAUUCCGUUCAAAGAUAUCGUUUAAAGGAAAAAUUUUUCAUCUGUAAAAUUGAGAUUGUUGAAUCGGAUCUUGAUCCAUGUGCAUUUGAAAUUGUCUCAUCUGCAUCUAAAACAAAUAAUUUUGAUUCUAAUCGUGGUUCCAUUUUUUUAACCAAAAGCCUUGAAGAGAAAGAUAUUUGGAUAUCAAAUCUAUUAUUACUCUCAAGGAAAACCAUUCUUGAACGUACACUUGAUUCAAUAUUAGCUGAAGAGGAUAAAAAAAAUCCAUUACGACUUCCAUCACCCAAGGAUUACAUAUUUGCAGAAAAAGAUACCGAUAGUAAUAUUAUUUUUGAAACUAGUUGUAAUAAUAAGAUGUCCAUUAAGGGUGCCACACUUAAUAAGCUAAUUGAAAGAUUAACUUACCAUCAGCCAACGGAUACAAUGUUUGGUAAAACUUUUCUAACAACUUACCGAUCAUUUUGCUCUCCCCAGCAAUUAUUAACCCUUCUAAUACAACGGUUUGAUAUUCCGUUGGACGUUAUGGACAGGGAAGGAUGGUCACGAAAUGAGGUGAAAAAGUUUAAAAAGGAAUACCUUGAACCGGUUCAAUUUCGUGUAAUUAAUGUAAUUAAACAAUGGAUUGAUGCUCAUUUUUACGAUUUUGAGAGAGAUGAUCAGCUACUUGAAUCUUUACGAUCAUUUUUAAAGGAGAAAGUAUCAAAGGAGAAAAGUAAUGUUGUCAAAUGGGUUCAAACAUUAUCCAAUAUGAUCUCAAGGAAGCAACAGAAACAAUCGAACAAAAAUUCUGAGAAUAAAAUUCUAUCUGAAGUACCACCACCAAUUGAAUACUGGCUGGCCAAUGGGAAAGAAAAUAAUGACUACGAAUUAAGUAUAAUGACCAUUCAUCCAUUGGAAUUUGCAAGACAAUUAACUUUAUACGAGUUUGAUCUUUAUUGUGCUGUCCAACCCUCCGAGUUAAUUGGAUUAAAAUGGAUUAAAGAGGGUAAAGAAAUUAAUAGUGCCAAUCUGUUGAAAAUAAGUCGACAUUCAAAUAAUUUUACCUAUUGGUUGGAAAAGGAGAUCGUUGAAACGGUCAAUUUUGAGGAAAGGGUUGCCCUUAUGAGCCGAAUUAUUGAGAUCAUGCAAGUUCUUUCCGAUUUGAACAAUUUCUCUGGAAUCAUUGAGAUCAUGUCAGCCCUUGAAUCGGCUCAUGUUCACCGUUUGGAACAUACUCUUAAUGCUCUUCACCCAAAGCAUAAAAGAUUAAUCGACGAGAUGAGAGAUUUAAGUACCGAUCAUUAUAGAAAAUAUUGUGAAAGAUUACGAUCAAUUAAUCCACCCUGUGUACCAUUCUUUGGAUUAUAUCAAACGCAAAUAUUACACUUUGAAGAAGGUAACAAUGAUUAUAUCGAUGAAUCAAAGGGAUUGAUCAAUUUUAACAAGAGAAGGAAAAUCGCCGAGAUAACAGCUGAGAUUCAGGGUUAUCAGAAUCAACCAUAUUGUCUUUUAGUUUGUCCAGAGAUUCGAGAAUUUUUUGAAAGUCUCAAUCCAAUUGAAGAAGGUAAAAGUGAGAAAGAGUUUAAUGAUUACCUUUACGAGCAAUCACUUCUAAUUGAACCUCGAGGAUCAAAACAGCCAACCAAAGGUAUUCGAAGAUGGCCUCAUCUUCCUACCCUUAAAUCACCAGGUAUUAAACCAUCAUCAUCAAUUUCUCAUAAUGCACCUCAUCCAACCUCUCUACCAACAUCAACAAGUAUGGCCAAUCAUCCACAAAGUACAUCUUCAUCUAAUCCAACCUCACCAACCCUAAUAUCACCGAAAACACCACCAUCAACAACUUCCGAUACUUCGGUUUUUGCAAAUGUGAUCAUUGGAAAUUUACCUACACCAGCACCAACACCACCACCAAUCAUUUCAUCUUCAACGAUCACACCACCACCAAUACCACCAAGAACUCGUAAUUUUCACCAAAGGACAAACUCAGAGUCUUCGGUUACAAGUGCAACCGUUUCACCAACAGCAACCACACCUUUAACCCCAUUUUCAUUUAAUUUUGCAUUACCCAAUGUACCACCACCACCACCACCACCUCCACCACCUCCCCGAGUGCCAAGACCUAAUUCAAUUCAACAACAACAACAACAACAACAACAACAACAACAACCUCAUCUAUCAUCAAAUUCACUUUCAUCUCCAUCUUAUGACCAUCAAACUCCACCACCACUUCCACCUCGGGGAAUCACAUCUUCAUUAUCUUCAUCAAAUUUUGGUCGAACUACUCUUCCCAGGAGAAACUCUACCGAUACCCAACCUCAUGAUAAUGUUUCCAAUCCAUUUCACCGGCGUAAUUCAUCCUCAUCUUCAUCAACACACCCCAAUGUUCAACCUCAAUUGCCUCCUAAAACUUAUCGAGCCAAAAGAUGAAAUUGAGCACUUUGUCAAGUUCCAGUCUCAUUUUCAUCCAUUUUUACAACGUUGAUUUGAUAAAGGAUCUGGAUAUUGUUGUGUUUUCCCAUCUUAAUUAAUCGAGAUUCCAUCCUUUUAUUUUUUAUGUCGAUAAAACAAAUUUAACCUCGCAUUUCAUAAACACACACAACCACCAUUGAGGACAAAAUUAUUUGACACUCAUCUCGAGAUGUUGCUGAUCCUCAUCGCCAUCUAAAUCCAUAAUCAAUCAUCAUCAUCACCUAUCCAUAGAUUCACAUUUUUGUUAUUAAUUCAGAAGAAGAUGAGACCUCACAAUAGAAUCAACUGAAUCUCUCUCUCUCUCUCUCUCUCUCUCUUUCUGUUCUAAAUCAGCACAAAGAAAAUUGACCAGUCCAUCUUAAUAACAACGAACACACGGUGACCACGAUGAAAACAACAACGGCCAUUUCGAUGAAGAAGAAAAAACAAUGAUGAUUGAGCUCAAAAAACGUUGAUCAAAUUGAUCUUUAUAUUCACGAAUGUAUUAAAGUGUACAGACAAACCGAUAAACAACAAGAAAAAAAAACCAAAACAAAACAGAAAUCAAUAAAAAACAAAUCAAUUAAA